AUGGCAAAACCAUAUAAUAACAACGAGGAAAUCGGUGGCAUCUCGUCUGAUAACACACACAAUGCCUCUUGUGAUAGCUGUCGAUCAGCUAAGAUCUACAGUGAUCGAUACAAAUGUUUACAAUGUAUUGAUUAUGAUUUAUGUGGUCACUGUUUCGAAGAACGACGUGAAACACGACCACACUCGAGUGGUCAUGCAAUGGUUCAUUUUAAAAUACCUAAUGAAUUAUUCGGUCAAGUUUAUAAGGCCAUUUGGUUAUCGAAAAAUCGUGAAGUAGCAUGCAAAGUAAUUCGAGUGACAGCACAUCGACGCCAUUUGGAAGAUAGUUUUCGAAAAGAACUAAAUGCUUAUGCUGAACUAUCAGGCGCUUACAUUCUCAAAACAUUUGGCUAUGGAGAACGUCUGAUAGCCAAUGGUAUCAAAGAAUGUUAUUUGAUAACCGAAUUGAUGCAUCGCGGAAGUCUUUCAAAUGUCAUUCACAAUGGUAUUGAGAAAAUUUCACUUCGACGUAAAUUGACCAUGGCAUGCCAUGUUGUUAGUGGUAUGCGCAAGUUACACGCUCACACAAUGAUUCAUCGUGACAUCCGUCCCGACAAUAUUCUUGUCUCAAGUAACUACACAGCUAAAAUCGGUGAUAUGGGUAUAGCUCAUGUCUUCAAUCCGGAAGAAAAACACACAUUAAUAGGUUGUUUGCCAUUUAUGCCACCAGAGUUUCAUAGGCCAGUCUAUUCACUGCCACCAAGACCACGUUUCAAUUCGGAUUUGAUUCGUCAGUACUUCGAUGAUAUGAUGAAACAAUUCAAUAGUAUUCGUCAUCGUAUUGGUUUUCGCCGAUCAAAACAUCAACAGCCAGCUCCGCAAGGCGUUCAAGGAAUGAAAUACUUCGACGAUGCUUGCAAUGAUGAUCAUGAUCAGGUCAUCAAACUCGAGCCAAUAAAAAUUGAUAAGCGACCAGCGCGAUGUCCUAGUCCACCAUCGAAUUUUCCUCGAGCUCAAGAAGAGAGUCAACAGCAGUUUCUCAAUGCGGUAAAACAUCCACGAUCACGUACACCAGUUCCUCUAUGUCCACAUUUCGACAAUCAAAUGCAUCAGCAACAUAUUUUCCAUAGAGUGGGUGCAUUUCGGCCAAUCAACGCUAACAAUGACAUUCAUCAGCGCGUUAUUGAAUUUCAUUUGAAUGCCGGUUUUGAUCAAAGUCCUAGACAGUUUCAUCGCAUGAUGCAUCAAUUCCAAUAG